AUGCGCCGAGAUACGCCAUUGACGGCAGAGGCCCAGCUGCUCGCCCCACUCUGGCAGCCCGAGCCGACGACUCUAACAUCGCAGCCGCAGCGAGACAAAGUCGACAAGUACAACGAAGUCAAACACCUGGAAUACGAUAAUGACAUUUCGUCUUUAGCGCUAGGAUUUGUUCCAUUCCCCUUUACCUCUGGUGGUGGCAUUACAUACAACACAAUGGACGCUCCAGAAGCGCGCAGGUUUUCCACGAGUACGGCUGAACGCGUCGGCUUACUCAAAUCGCACGACAACGCGGCGAAGCAGCGUCAAUAUGGCGCAAUUCCUGAUCCUUCAGAGAUUGAGAGUUUACUGGGAGGAGAGGGGACGACAGAAGAGCUGGGAACAACGGCGGGACAGGAAGCCAAGUUGCUACUGAAGUACAGCGUUCCGCUUAUGGGGACGUACUUGCUGCAAUACUCGUUCAGUCUUGUCACCAUAUUUGUCGUGGGGCAUAUCGGGACGGAUGAGCUUGGUGCAGUAUCUCUAGCUACGAUGACCGCCAACAUCACCGGACUUGCAAUCUACGAAGGGCUGGCCACAUCGCUAGAUACCCUCUGCGCGCAGGCCUAUGGUUCCGGAAGGAAGACCAUGGUGGGCCUCCAUCUUCAGCGCAUGAUACUCUUCAUGCUGGCUGUUACCAUUCCCAUCGGAGCGAUCUGGCUGUGUUCUGGCUGGAUCCUCGCAGCCCUUGUUCCGGAAAAAGCAAUCGCGCAUCUUGCUGGAUACUACCUCUCUUUACUUCUUGCCGGAGCACCGGGCUACGCCAUCUUUGAAGCCGGCAAGCGGUUUACGCAAGCCCAAGGCCUUUUCAAUGCUUCGCUUUUCGUCUUGCUUAUUGCAACGCCCAUUAACAUAGCUUUGAACUAUGUUUUCGUCUUUGUUCUGGAUUGGGACCUUACAGGUGCUGCACUUGCGACUGUCAUUUCCAAUAACCUUUUACCGUUGUUGCUCUGGAUUUACGUGUACUUUGUCAAUCCAUCUUCGCUGGAAUGUUGGGGUGGCUUUACCAAAGCUGCUUUUACGAAUUGGGGACCCAUGGCAAAAUUGGCCGUCCCAGGCAUCGUCAUGGUGGAGACGGAGUGGCUUGCUUUUGACAUUCUUACUUUCUCGACAAGCUAUCUUUCCACAGCCCACUUGGCGGCGCAGUCGAUCGUCAUGACACUGGCAGUAGCUAUUUACCACGUACCUUUCUCUGUCGGCGUGGCUGUUUCAACACGCUUGGGCAACCUAAUCGGCGCGGGUUCCCUCUCCGCAGCCCGUACCGCCACAAAAACCUACGUGUUGACCUUCCUCGCCAUCGGCCUCAUUGACUUUGCAUUCUUGACUGCUUGCCGAAAUAUCCUUCCCAAAGCAUUUACAAGCGAUCCGGAAGUCGUCAGCAUAGUAGCCACCGUACUACCUCUGCUUGCCGCUUUCCAAUUCGCCGACUCCACCACUGCACUAGUAAAUGCACUUCUCCGCGGCUUGGGCAAGCAAAAUAUUGGAGGGUGGUGUAACCUUUUUGUUUAUUAUGUUAUUGCUGUGCCGUUGGCACUUUUCCUUUGUUUCAAACAGGAUAUGAAGUUGGUGGGACUUUGGACUGGGUGUGCGGUAGGCUCGAGCUGCAUUACGAUAACGGAGGGUAUUUACAUGAAGUUCUAUAAUUGGGACAAGGCGGUUGACGAUGCACGAGAAAGGCAAGAGUAG